GUGUAUAUGUUUGUGCAGCUUGCACCUUCACUUCCUUUACAAGAAGAUUUUGUUUAUCACUGGAAGGCUAUUACCCAUUACUACAUAGAGACUUCAGAUGAUAAGGCCCCAGUGACUGAUACAAACAUCCCAUCCCAUCUGGAACAGAUGUUAGAUAUAUUGGUUCAAGAAGAAAACGAGCGAGAAUCUGGAGAGACGGGGCCGUGUAUGGAAUAUUUGCUCCAUCACAAGAUCUUAGAAACAUUAUAUACCUUAGGAAAGGCUGACUGUCCUCCAGGAAUGAAGCAGCAGGUUUUGGUGUUCUACACUAAACUUCUGGGAAGAAUCCGGCAGCCACUGCUUCCGCACAUCAAUGUGCACAGGCCAGUGCAGAAAUUAAUUCGACUCUGUGGUGAAGUCCUUGCCACACCAACAGAAAACGAAGAGAUUCAGUUUCUGUGUAUCGUGUGUGCCAAGCUGAAACAGGACCCUUACUUGGUUAAUUUUUUUCUGGAGAAUAAGUUGAAGUCAUUGGCUUCCAGAGGAGUACCAAAUGUAAUUUCAGAAGAUACUUUAAAAGGUCAAGAUUCCUUGUCAGAUACGGGACAGUCCCGUCAGCCAGAAGAACUCUCUGGUGCUACUGGAGUGGAGCAAACAGAGUUAGAAGAUGAACCUUCUCAUCAGAUAGAUGAUCUGUCCACAAGCUUGGAUAACCUCAAUGUCACUUCACUGCCUGAGGCCUCAGUAGUUCGUCCAAACCAGGAUUACAAUUUAGUGAAUUCUUUGUUAAAUCUUACUCGAAGCCCUGAUGGCCGAAUAGCUGUGAAAGCCUGCGAGGGCUUGAUGUUGUUAGUAAGUUUGCCCGAGCCUGCGGCUGCCAAGUGCCUUACUCAGAGCACUUGCUUGUGCGAACUGCUGACAGACAGACUUGCCUCCCUGUACAAGGCCCUACCUCAAACAGUGGAUCCGUUAGAUAUUGAAACAGUGGAAGCAGUUAACUGGGGCUUGGACUCAUACAGUCAUAAAGAAGAUGCUUCAGCAUUUCCAGGAAAACGAGCCUUAAUUUCAUUUCUUUCCUGGUUUGAUUAUUGUGAUCAACUCAUUAAAGAAGCACAAAAGACUGCUGCUGUUGCUCUUGCCAAAGCUGUUCAUGAAAGAUUUUUCAUUGGUGUUAUGGAACCUCAGUUAAUGCAAACUUCUGAGAUGGGUAUUCUGACAUCAACUGCUCUGCUUCAUCGCAUUGUUCGACAAGUAACCUCUGAUGUUUUGCUUCAAGAAAUAGUGUUUUUCAUCCUUGGAGAACAAAGGGAACCAGAAACUCUGGCAGAAAUUAGCACACAUCCUUUAAGACAUAGGUUAAUUGAACAUUGUGAUCACAUUUCUGAUGAGAUAAGCAUAAUGACAUUAAGAAUGUUUGAACAUCUUUUACAAAAACCCAAUGAGCACAUUCUUUACAACUUGGUCCUAAGAAAUCUUGAAGAAAGAAAUUAUACAGAAUAUAAACCUUUGUGCCCAGAAGAUAAAGAUGUGGUAGAGAAUGGAUUGAUAGCAGGAGCAGUUGAUCUGGAAGAAGACCCAUUAUUUACUGACAUUUCACCAGAUAAUACUUUGUCAAACCAAGAGUGGCUUACUUCUUCACCUCCUGCUACUCCAGACCACCCCAAAAAUGAUGGGAAGACUGAAGUCCAUAAAAUUGUAAAUAGCUUUCUCUGUCUGGUACCGGAUGAAGCAAAAUCAUCCUAUCAUGUUGAGGGCACUGGAUAUGACACCUACCUCCGAGAUGCUCAUAGGCAGUUCCGGGACUACUGUGCUAUCUGCUUAAGGUGGGAGUGGCCUGGGUCUCCAAAAGCAUUGGAAAAGUGCAAUUUAGAAGCAACUUUCUUUGAAGGUCAUUUUUUAAAAGUUUUAUUUGACAGAAUGGGAAGAAUUCUUGAUCAGCCAUAUGAUGUAAACUUACAAGUAACCUCGGUGUUAUCUAGACUUUCUCUUUUCCCUCACCCACACAUACACGAGUACCUUCUGGAUCCUUACGUGAACCUUGCUUCUGGCUGUAGAUCUCUCUUCUCUGUAAUCGUCAGGGUUGUUGGAGACCUUAUGGUUCGAAUCCAGCGCAUUCAGGACUUUACUCCCAAGCUUCUUUUAGUCAGAAAGCGAUUACUUGGGUUAGAACCUGAAGGCCCUGUUAUUGACCACAUCACGUUGCUGGAGGGUGUGAUUGUGUUGGAAGAGUUCUGUAAGGAGCUGGCUGCCAUUGCAUUUGUGAAGUACCACGCUUCUUCCACGCCAUAAAUUACAUCUUUCAAGUAACUGGGAAAACAGAACUGUUGUAUACAUUUCAUCACAAAAGACUUGGUUCUGACCAGCCAAGGGAGGAUAAAAGCCUUUUUAAUGAAAUAUUGCUGUGAACUAGAGAGAACCAUUAAGAACCUAUUGAAUGGACGGACACUCAGUAAGAUGUCAUAUAUUAUUUUCAUUGGCUUUAUCAUAAAUGGUUCUGUGUAUAAAAUUGCACGUUGUUGAAACCAGGAUACAAUCAAAGGAACUUCAGGAAAUAAGCAUUUCUAAUGACUGUGUGAAAAGCUGUAAAAUUUCUGAUGUCAUGACUUUGAUGAUAUUUCUCUUAUUUUAAUAUCCUUUUAGGUAGCAAGGCCUUUUGACAUUCUCUGGGACUCCAAUGCUUAUAUGCUUUCAAAUUAAUAAGUAGCAAAAAAUGACUAAUUUUAUAACUUUUUAAGGCCAGAAUUCUUAUCAAACAAAAAUAUGAAAAAAAAAACUGUAAAUGAGAAAAAAAUACUGUUCAGGAAUCAUCAAGUGAGUUGAAUUAAUUACAGAAGAUAAAAAUAAUGUGUAGAGCAUCAUUAACUUUCUUCAGCUUUUCUAAGAAUAACGAUUUAAUAUGAUAAAGAAAUUCUUGAUUAAUAUAAUAUAUAUUUUUAAAGAAAUGUUCUUUUACUCUUUUGUGCAGAUAGCCAUGUUAGUGAUUGAUUUCAUGUAUGGGUCCCAGUUUAUGUAAACUGUGUCCUUUUUGCAACAUUGAAUUUAUGCUCAUCAUUGGUAGUGUUUGCUAAAACAGUAUUUUUUUAAGCUAAUUGACAUGUACUGGGUUGAGAACCUUUUCUUCGCCACCCCCCCCCCACUUUUAUAAUUUGAUUAUCUUAUUUAGCACGUGGUAGUGUCUAGGUGGGGAGCUGACUGAUAACUUAAACAGCAAUCAGAAUGCCAAUGGCCUCCUUAAUGUUUACAUUUUUAAAAUCUGUGUUCAGUCUUUUGUUUAAAAUGAUCCUAAAGAUGAAAGGAAACAGUCUUUUAAAUGUCCCGUUUACAUGGUAAAGGCUCUGGGGAAAUUGGGGUGUGUGGAGGUAUACAUGUAGGAAUGACCCACGGAGCAGAGCUGUGCUGUGCACAGCGUGUUCAUACUUGAUUUAUUCCGUGGCGUUUGCUAGUCCUUUCUAUCCUUUUGAGUGAUGCUUAUCACUCAGAUUUGCUUUUAAGCUAUCAGUUUCUUGGUUUUUUUUUGUUUAGUCGAAAUGUUAGGCAGCAGCACUUUUCCUCUUUAUCGUUUUCCUUCACUGACACCUGGGGAAUUAGACGAUCAAAGACUCCAGACGAAAGGGAACAGCACCCCCCUUCAAAAAAGUCGUUUCAUGUAGCAUGGUUGCCCGUACGAGGUGCGUGAAGUGCAUAGACGUAUGUUUCACACUUACCUGUUCAUUUUGUUGUAUCCACUUUACUGAUUUAUAUUGUAGUUAGUUUUUGCUAUUUAUUAAGAACAAAAUAUCAAAGGUUAUGAAUAGUCUCGGCUCUAGAAUGCUUGCCACUUAAAAACAACAAAAAUACUCAAUUUCUACUUAAUGCAAAUCAUUUUUAGCUCAGUCUAACAAUUUUAUUAAGUAAAACAACUUAAAUGAUUUUGAAUGUUGAGAAAGCAUUAUUCAGCCUGCCGUAUUUAUUGAUCAGUUCAUGCAAGGGACACUGCACCAUCUCUAUUUUCAGAUGUAGUUACAGUCUUCUUUGAUUUAAGUCUAUUUAAAAUAAGACAUUAAGAGGUAUUAGUUAUUUCUUAAUGUUUUGAUAGUGUUCAAUAGGCAUCACAGCAAUGAUGUUAUCUCUCAAACCAAAUACUCUUUUGUCCUUGAUUUCACAAUGGAACCUUGUGGCUAAUCCAUGAAACCAAGCUCAGAAAAGCUUUAACUCAUUAUUUGUGUUUGUGUAUGCUGCUUCUGGAAAUGUAAUUUUCCUAAGUUAUUAUAAUGACUUUGAUUUAAUCAGCAAGGGCUUGAGGCUUGAUUUGUUUCUUUCCUAAGCUUUUUUCUUUUUUUUUCAUAUUUAGUUCAGAUCUACUGCCAGCACAAAUUCGUAAGAGAUACAAGUGAGACAUUGUACUGUACCACUAGUGUUUUUCUCACCGUCUCUCUCCUCUCAGAAGCUGAAUAUUCCUCUUACUCAGUACUUGCAAAAACAGUCAUAAAACGCACUGUUAAGUGGAAAGUACCACUUUCACAACUGAUUGCCAUAGCAAGUUCCAGACUGAUUUUUAGCCUUGCUUUACAUUUGUAUGAAGAGGUAUCAACCUUUAAAACAAAACAAAAAGAACUUUCUAACAUUAUAGACUUUGGAUUUAUUUUUAGUAUCGAGCUACAUUUUUCACUUGCUAGAACUCGGAUUUGUCUUGGCCAAUUAUCACUGUAGUAACUCACAUUAUAACUAUGUAAUGUUCUCACAAAGUAUCUGUUUGUGCAAUAUGGAAGCUGUGAGUGGAUUCAUAGCUUUUUGGUUUAAUUGUACAUUAUUCUUUGUGUACAUGUGUAUAUAUACGUGUGAGUGUGAGUGUGUGUGUGUGUGUGUAUAUACAUAUAUAUAUAUAUAUAUGGACCAAAAAUCCUUAGCUUGCUUACACUGUUGCUAGUGUAAAGAUUGUUACACUUAAUUUUACAGGGCACAAAUAAUUAUGGAAUUAUUUCAUAAAUUCAUGGUAACAUACUUCCAUCAAUUAUUGCAUUAAUAUACAAUUACCAUUUAAUUAUGAAAUUCAUAGACAUUGACAGAAGUUAAGUGGAGUGGAAUGCUAAAACCACGAACUAUAUGGUAAUUCUAUUUUGGGUUCUGUAGUAAAUCAAAAUAUGCAUGUCAUUGUGACACUUUAAAACAUGAGAGAUAAUCAUAUUUCUGGGCCCUGUAAAAUAGUGUUACUGUAAUACUCUUGUUUUGCCUCCUGCCUUGUUUACAUUAAACAGAGGAUAUUUGGUAAAUUUUUCUAUUGAAUGUUGUGUAGGUUACUGACAGUGUUACCAAGGUCUGGAAUUCUUGGGCCAUCCAUGGAGAAACUCUUCAGAUGGGGAUUGUGUACCUACUCUCUCUUCAAAGGAGGUUGUAAUCAAGUUCAACUUUUUAUGCUAACAAUGCAUGCAGGACUAAGAGGGAUGGAUAAUCUAAAAAAUAAACAAUGUAAUUUAAACAA